AUGGAUCGGACGAUGAUCCUAAAGCAAGGCUCCGAAAGCUUCGAAUGUAGUUGGUUUGCCAGUCAUAUAUCUAUGGGAAACGGCCAGUACCCAUAUUGGAAGUCUGUGGAUAUUAUCAUCCGAAAGAUUUCCUCGUUGGCAAAUGGUGGUCCGCUCUGCGAGGUUGAACCAGUUACCCAAUCGCCUCUUGGACCAUCGGCCGCCGGGACAGACUUCCUUCAGACACUCCUAUCAGCCGCCGCUACCGCCCCAGCCGGCAGAGGGAGGGCCGCCAAAUUGGUUAUACCACAAGUUCGGGGGUAUAUUGUUCGAUCCGAUAUCGUUCCACUACGCAUGGUCGAUUACCCACAGAUGACAAGCGUGGUCUCCUUUGCGAAGCCUCAACAGUGGUUCUCCGGGGAGGAGCUGACCGACGAGAGUAUAUGCAAUCUUCAGGAAAUUUUUAUGAUAGCGGCUGGUGGUAUAAUCCUUGAUACUGGUGAAGCAAAGUCCGAGAUGACUUCAAGUCUAGAUGACCUAGAGGUUGAAAUACGGAAUCGCUUGUCGUUCAAAUGGUUAUUGGAGGAACCACGGCCUAAGCAAACGUUGGCGUUUGUUGGUAACUAUCUGCAGUACCCAGGGCACGAAGGCACUGGGGCAAAUCACUAUUCCGCCGCAAAAGCCCUGGAUAUCACUGUGAUAGUACUUGAUGCUCCUGGAUGUUGGUUGGAGAGGGAGGAGUAUGCGAACUUGCGUGGAGCAUUCCUCCCCAUUGAUAUGAAUCGUGAUCCUGAGCUUCCCAACAGGAUCGUUAAUGCCAUAUCUGGGUAUGGGGGAAAGAUCGACGGGAUUAUCACCUUCCACGAGUCUCUAUCAGCAUUAGUUGCCAGGGCUGCGCAACUCCUUCUGCUUCCGACGGCAUCCCCAGAAGCUCUUGAAAUUGCAACUGACAAGUACAAGACCGGUGUUGCAGAAGGGCGUGUGGCUUAUCACGCGUCUAGCGUUCAGGAUGCCCAAAAAAUUUCCGAUCAAGCUGAUUUAAAGUACCCCUUGGUUGUAAAGCCAUGUCGAGGCGGGUCUUCUGAGGGGGUUACUAAAGUUGAUAAUGCUUCUGAACUCAUAAAUGCAGUCAGACUCAUCGACUCACUCGCUGAUCGUCAUGGAUCACAACUUGUGAUUGAAGAAUAUUGUGAUGGGCCAGAAGUGGACGUCAAUUUGGUACUCUGUGAUGGGGAGGUGUUGUUCGCUGAAAUUUGUGACGACUUCCCCAAAUGUGGUGAUGAAGCAACUGUGGAAAAUGGGUCGGGAUUUAGUGAAGUUGCAAUGGUUUAUCCCUCUAAGCUUCCUUCGCCUGAGCUGAACACGAUUCGCAGGUCUGCACAUCAGAGCCUGUUUCGACUUGGGUUUGAAUCCGGUAUAUUCCACCUAGAAGCUCGUGUCAAAGACUCGGAUAUGGUCUAUGUCCUUGAAGACGGAGUCAUGGAUCUUGACUACCGUGAAACUGUAUCCAAAGGCGCUACUCCGAGCUCUUGGUUGAUUGAGAUCAAUCCACGGCCACCCGGAAAAAUGGGGACAGAUGCGGUUGAGGCCACGUAUGGUAUCGAUUACGUAGGACUUGGCCUACUAUUCCCACUGAAUGAUAAAGAGCGAAUAAGAGCUUUAACACAGCCCUUUAUCCAAGGUUCACAAUACUGGUGCCAGGUUAUCUUUAUCCCAGCAAAUAAAGGGGGUAUUUUCGACGCUGACAAUGUGUGCGACGAGCUGAAGCAGCGCAGACCAGAUCUUACACAGCAUAUUUCAACCAGCGUAUGCUACUUCAGAAAGGGCGAUGUUGUGCCAUCUCCUAGCUCCGGAAUUCCUGCCGACAGCAUCUCUGUUCAUCUCAUCAAGCGCCAGACGGCUGAUUCGAUAUUUCAUAUAUCGCCCAGCAUGUCGCUCGUAACCGGCGAAAAGUCGAACUUCCAGUUCAUCCUCCGUCUUCUCAACACCAAUGUCGACGGUAAACAAAAGAUCAUGUACGCCUUGACCAAGAUCAAGGGUGUCGGUCGCCGAUACUCCAACUUGGUCUGCAAGAAGGCCGAUGUCGACCUCCACAAGCGUGCUGGUGAAAUUUCCUCCGAAGAGCUCGAGCGAAUCGUCACCAUCAUCCAAAACCCAACCCAGUACAAGAUCCCCACCUGGUUCCUCAACAGACAGCGUGACAUCGCCGACGGCAAGGACAGCCAGGUCCUUGCUAACCAGAUGGAGAGCAAACUCCGUGAAGAUCUGGAGCGACUGAAGAAGAUCCGCGCCCACAGAGGUCUCCGUCACUACUGGGGUCUCCGUGUCAGAGGUCAGCACACCAAGACCACCGGCCGACGAGGACGAACCGUCGGUGUCAGCAAGAAGAAGGGUUAA